CAUGCAUUUAUUUUUUUAACUCUAGUGUUGGGGUGCGUUUGGUGCGGUAUCAUUAGUUAAUGCAGCCAUCUGCAUAUAGCUGCUGGCUCUUUAAGAACCGUCACACGCCCCCUCUCCUAUAUUUUUAGCUGAGACAACCACUUCAUUUGUUGUAGGCUACGGUAAAGACAGCUGUGUACCGUAUGAUUUCACUUAAUCGAUUUUUUAAUGACAUCGAAUCCUUUACUGCGGAUUCGCUGUAUAGAUGAUUCCUUGGGAAAUGCCGUCGGAAUAAACAUUGGUCGUACGGGACCGGGAUUCUGCUGGUGGAUGCUGAAAUUCUCAAGAGACCCUGAGCUGCCUGCCUCAUCCAUGGUGUACAUUAUGAAACACAAUGUUAAACUUGGUUUCUGAGACAAACCGCAGUGCCUUCUAAGAUGAAAUGAAUUAACCAAAAAUAUAUUUAGCAGUAAACUGUUCAAGACCGCAUAUGGUCCACAGUAAGCCUGACGUCUUCUCUCGACCGGAUAGGUUCCCGUGUUCUCUUGGAUUGUGGAUAACAAGAAAUCUUCAAGACGGACGGGGUAGUGGAGCAUCGAGGGAAACAUCGGGGCAAUAUGAGAGAGCGGGACUUUAUGCCCAACACGGAGAGGGGCAAACCUGCCACUUAUACAGGGGACAAAAAGGCUAAAAUGGCUGCGAAGACGAACAAAAAGUGGGUGAGACUAGCCACUGUCUUCGCAUAUGUAUUGUCUGUGUCCUUAGCAGCCAUCAUUCUAGCCAUUUACUACAGCUUGAUAUGGAAGCCAACGAGCGCAUCCUCUCCAGCCGGGAAGCUAGGGAUGCCCGAAGGGGUCACAGCCUCUGCUAACAUCUCAACAAACAUAUCCACAAGCACUAACGUCUCAGACACUAACUCUACACAGACAGACAUUUUAUCUGUCAAUGAAACCAGGUUUGGUGUAAAGUCUCAGACCAAGGCAUUUCACUGGGAGGGCAGAAGCAAAAGCGCCGCCGUCAUCUCCGACGGCGUUUUAUCAGAAAGUGCGCAUUCGCAACCGAAAGGACUCUACACGUCUGCCCAAAGCCACAUAGCCGCACAAACUGCGGAGAGACCAAACACUGCGGGGAGAGAUAACCAGGCGUCUCAGCCUGCUGAGGACAAUCGGAGCCCGUUGCGCACUGGAGCCCACAACACCAUGCAUAAUGAAAAAGGGGAGAAGGAUGCGGACCGACCAACUACUGGCAAUGCGGAUCAAGCAGCGGCGGAUGCUGCUCCUUCAUCCACAAAGGUUCCGCAGCGCACCUCCGCUACGAGACAACAAGGUUUGCGUAAAGGAGAGUAACCAGGCCAUUAAACAGGAAUCGAACCAGGAGUGUUUGACAGACGUAUGCAGGGGGUCGGAUAGCCUAGAUAGUGGUCUUCGUGGAAGAUAUAUCAAAGAACGGAUGAUGCUGCGAGAAUUGCACAUGCACGUAUUUUAUUGAUAUCUUAUAUACCAAUAAUCUGAAUGUGUAUGACGGACAAUUAUAGACUUAAACUGCUUAAAAGAAAUAUUGUUUCCCCUAAAAUACUAUGCGUUUUCUGUUACUGUAUGCCUUAAUUGAUGUAAGUCAUCUUUCCUUUGGACAGCUCCACCAAGUAAUUUAUUUAUAACCAUAUUAUGGACAAGGACAUGACACACCUGUAUUUAACUGGUAGGAUAUAUGCCUUUGCAGGAUAUGUAAACUACGCAUUACUUAUAGGCCUCCAAUGUUAUUCUAUAACACAACCAUUUAUCACUGCCUUUGAUGGGCCGAGCUGUUGAAUAACAGGAAGCAUUUAUAUAGCAUUUCGUCCUCUAUAGAUACAUCUGGAUUGCUGGUAUAGAGGAACCUGUAUUAUUGAGUUAAGCUCAGGUAUGUGCAUAUAACCAUGGAAAUGUAUUGAGUAUUUGGUCAUGUAUAUUGAGAUAUUGAACAUCCUUUGGCCUUGAUCGAACUUUUAGUCUAAUUCAACAUUUUUUAUUAAGACUAUGUUAGGUCUAGGCAUCUAUUACGAGGCAAAUAAACUUCCUUGUAAAAAUGCUUCAUCAUUUAGAUUUUGUUUAAAAAAGGUUCACACAAAGCAACUUAAUAAU